CCCCCCCCCCCCCCCGGCACCAAAUAAAAAACCUGAUGGCUGACUGACAUUCAACAAAACAUUAGGGGAAUUAGCAUAUUGAUGCCAGGUAUGACAAUACGAGUUUUAGGCUGUGUCUUAUUUCUCAGUUGCAUCAUAAGGACCCGGAAGUCGGCCCCGUGGUCUCUGCCAUGACAUGAUUCGAGGAGCAGCCGGUUUUGACAACGGGCAUAGGGUGGCUGGGAUGUCUGGACCAACCAACACGAUGGAGCAGGGUGAGGGCGCGUGGGACUAAAAUAGGGCAGACGGGGAUCAGGCGGUCCCCGGCCUGGUCUGAUCAGGAUAAGAAGUGGGAGACACCCCCCUCCAAUUUCCUGGACAGUCCUUUUCUCUCACAUCGUUCACGUUCGUAUUCUCCAUUUCAGUCAGUCAGUCAGUCAUCAUCGAGAGAGACCUGCGACCUCACAUAGAGACCUCGGAGCUCCUUUAACCACCCCUCGUUGGAAUCAUCUGCCUCGCCUCCAGACAAGAUGCCCGAAGUCAGCGCACCACAGCAGCAGCAGCCCAUGGAGCUCGCCCCCGCCGACUCCGGUGUUGUUACUCAGCAGCCUGAGGCACAGGAACAGAUGAACACCGACAUGAGCCUUCGUGGUGGUUGCGGCGAGUCGAUGACCUGCUGCGGCAUGACUGAAAGCUGCGGAUGCUGUUAAGCGGGCCUGCUGUUCCGUCGUGGUGAUUUUACUGUUUGGAUAUUUGUGAGGGACGGACAUCAAUAGCCUCUGAUGGCGGUGAUUGAUUGAGAUGUGAGAAGGCGGGCCUGUGACGUCGAUGCCGUCCCAUGUCGGCAUAUCUACAGCUCUUCUUUGGGUAUAACUUGGCAGUGUAUGUGCGAUAGAUUGUUUUUCAAUGCGACGACCGAGCGGCGUCCAAAUUCCCCAG